UGUUUUUUUUUUUUUCAUCCUGAGGUAAGUAAUUAUUGAGAAAUUAUCAUCUCAUGUGAGAUUCCCCACCAUGAAGAUUACAUAUGUUUGAAAUUCUAUUUUGAGGAUGCUAACCAAGUAUGCAGAGGACUUUUGCCAGCUCUUCAACUUGGAGGUGAAUUCCAUGCACAAAAGGACUGGACUCAUCAGUGAGACAUAUUGAACAGAAAACAAAGAUACGCUUCUGUGUUUCUGUGUCUCUUGUCUUUACAAGAUAAAGCUAGAUAGCAUAAUGAGAUCCCUCACAAAUAUAUAUGUCUUUACUUAUGCCUUUACAUUCACACUAUGGAAUAAUAUCCAGCCAACCGUAGAAGACGAAUUUAUUGCAAAUUAUUCAAACAGUUUGCUAACUAAUGUUCCAAAAACCACUCCAGUUCAUACCCAAGUAUUAGAUUUAUCACAUAAUAGGAUCUCUGGACUUAGUACCUCGGAAUUUAUUAAUCUUUCUGACCUUCAAGUAUUAAAUCUUUCUCAUAAUCUAAUUACGAUGCUUGACUUUAGUGUCUUUAUUUUUAAUGAAAAUUUAGAAUACUUAGAUUUAUCUCAUAAUAACAUUUCAAAAGUUUCCUGUCUAACUCUUGCGUAUCUUAGACAUUUAGAUCUUUCUUUCAAUAAGUUUACUGCCCUGCCCAUCUGUCAGGAAUUUGGGAACAUGUUUCAUUUGAAGUACCUUGGAUUAAGUGCUACUAUGAUACGAAGGUCAGACUUCAGGUAUAUCAAACAUCUGCAGCUGCACACAGUCUUCCUGAACUUGGGAAACUUUUCACUGUAUGAACCUCAGAGUCUGACAGUCUUGUCUACAAGGAACCUCCACAUUGCUUUUGCAGCAAACCAAAACUUUGUUUUUUCCCUCUUGUACGAUGGAAUGAGCACUUCAGAAAACUUAAAAAUAGUUAACUUAAGAUAUACCUUGAGUUACAAAGAUUUCCCCUCUCCACCUUUAAUGCUUCCGAAGAAAAUCAAGACAAUAGCUCUCACUCUUGAUUCUGUGGACUUACAAUGGGCUAUCAUCCUGCAAAUUUUUGUGCUUAUUUGGUAUUCACCUGUGGAACAAUUGACUGUGAGAAAUUUGACUUUUAGAGGACCACUGGAGGAGCCAACUGAAUAUGCAUUUCAACCCUUAUUAAGCUCUGUGGAACAAUUAAUCUCUUUGGAUGGCUCCAUGAAAGCAUUAACUUUAGAGCAUGUUCGUAAUAAGGUUUAUUAUUUCAACCAGGAGAUCCUAUACAGACAGUUUUCAGAGAUGAAUAUUGCCAAUUUGACAAUAGCUGAUGCAUAUAUGCCACACAUGCUUUGCCCCAAUAGAACAAGCUCAUUUCAGUAUAUAAAUUUUUCUCACAAUGCCCUGACAGAUGAGUUGUUCCAGAAUUGUGGCACUCUCAUGGAUCUGAAAUUACUUAUUUUGAAGAAGAAUAAAUUUGAGAGCCUUCGCAAAGUAAGCUUCAUGACCAGCCGUAUGAAAUCACUGAAAUACCUGGACAUGAGCAACAACCUGCUGCGCCACGAUGGAGCUGACGUGCAGUGCCAGUGGGCUGAGUCUCUGACAGAGCUGGACCUGUCCUCCAAUCAGUUGGCGGAUGUUGUGUUUGAGUGCUUGCCAGUCAACAUCAAAAAACUCAGCCUACAAAAUAAUCAGAUCAGCAAUGUCCCCAGUGGGGUGGCGGAGCUGAAAUCCUUGGAAGAGCUGAACCUGGCAUCGAACAGGCUGGCCGACCUGCCGGGGUGCAGUGGCUUUACGUCCCUGCAGUUCCUGAACGUAGAGAUGAAUUCGAUCCUCACCCCAUCUGCUGACUUCUUCAAGAGCUGCCCAAAGGUCAGGGAGUUGCAGGCCGGGCACAACCCGUUCAAGUGUUCCUGUGAACUGCAAGCCUUUAUCCGCCUGGAGAGGCGGUCGGGGGGGAAGCUGUUUGGCUGGCCGGUGGCCUACGUGUGCGAGUACCCCGAAGGCUUGCGAGGAACAGAGCUCAAGGACUUCCACCUGAGCCUGCUGGCCUGCAACACGACGCUCCUGCUUGUGACAGCUCUGCUGCUGACGCUGCUGCUGGUGGCUGUGGUGGCCUUUCUGUGCAUCUACCUGGAUGUGCCGUGGUACGUGCGGAUGACGUGGCAGUGGACGCAGAUGAAGCGCAGAGCUCGGCACAACCCUCCUGGGGAUCAGGGGGCCGUUCUGCAAUUCCACGCGUUCAUUUCCUACAGCGAGCGCGAUUCGCUGUGGGUGAAGAACGAGCUGAUCCCGAACCUGGAGAAGGGGGAGGGCUGCAUACAACUGUGCCAGCACGAGAGAAACUUUGUCCCCGGCAAGAGCAUUGUGGAGAACAUCAUUAACUGCAUUGAGAAGAGCUACAAGUCGAUCUUUGUGUUGUCUCCCAACUUUGUGCAGAGUGAGUGGUGUCACUAUGAGCUGUACUUUGCCCAUCACAAGUUAUUCAGUGAGAAUUCCAACAGUUUAAUCCUCAUUUUACUGGAGCCAAUCCCUCCGUACCUUAUCCCUGCCAGGUAUCACAAGCUGAAAGCUCUCAUGGCAAAGCGCACCUACAUGGAGUGGCCGAAGGAGAGGAGCAAGCGUGCCCUAUUCUGGGCUAAUCUCAGGGCAGCCAUUAAUAUUAACCUGGCAAGCAAAUGAGUAGGAAAGUGAGGCUUCAUCUACUAGUAGUAUAAGUAUGUAAAUAACUGACUUGACUUUUUUGCAUUAAACUGUCAAUAUUUUUUUCUGUUUUCUUACAAUAUCCCCAGUGUGUUGUGAAAUGUGGCACUUAUAGAAAUUGAUAUUGCUUAUUCAAGCCAUCCAAGUAGUCAGAAGUCAUCUCUAGUUGCCCAUCAUCAAUUAAGAGAAUGAGAGAGAAAUUUUCAUAAUAAUUUACCUUAUUUUUAGGUUGCAUUUAUUUUGGACUUUUCCCAUUGAAUGCUAUAUUUGAAAGUAAUAAGAAUAAUGGUUUGUUUGGUGUCGUCGGGCUGCCAAGGCAUACAUUUAAUCUUUGUUCUGAUGUGAAUGUUGUGAGGUUAAGAUUGUAGGGAUCUGCUUUCUUGUUUUUAAUUAUAUAACACAAAGAAGAAUACUCUUGUUUGAAUCCCAUCCAGUACAUUGGUAUAGCAGGUGUUAAGAGUGCAGUAUCUGUAUCCUUUUUGCCUGUUUUUCCCUUCCUGGAAAUCUUUCACUUCAUCACAGAGAGACUUUCUUGGGUAUGCACUGAAAAGCUGAAUCUAUUAAUUCUUGUUUGAUGCUCUUCUUCCUUUGCUGUAUUAACAUUAACAAUUGCCUAGAGAUAGGUACCUGCCAAGUCAUGAUUUCAUAGAAUUUGCUAUUCACUGUACUUAUUUUUUUUUAUAGUAUUGUAAUACUGCUGCUUUCUGCUGUGAUUCUAUCAAGCUAUACUGGGUUGCAUGUUUUUUCUGUUUCCUAAUACUUAGAAACUUGAUGUUUGGAGGUGAACCCCUUUUAUCUCUAGGCUUCCACUGAACUCUGUUACCUUGCUCAUUUAAUGAACAGGUGCUGAGGGUUAUCACACAGGUGAAAAAAGAGACAUUUUUUCCUGGGAAAUAAUUUCUUUGCUAAAAUCUUGCCGAUUAAACUAAUAGUGUUUGUUAGUAGGAGACAUCUAGUAACUUGCUGUGCUUGGAUUUGAGAGUCUAAUAAACAUCUAAUUCUUUAUCCAUUAAAUUUCAUGUGCCAUUUCAAUGGCAAUGUGGAGCUGUGUCAUUAUAGUUACAACUUAUUGGAAAUGUAAAGUCCUGAGAUUACAAUUGUGGGCAGUACGUGAGGUGAUCAAACUGGUAAGGAGAUGUGGUCUUUAACACACACUGAGGUGGCUCACCAAGCACGCACUAGGUGUGGUAGCUAGAUGAAACAGUGAAAUUGAAGUGGUGGGAGAGCUUCCUUGUGUCCAAAGAUGACACUGCUGGCACCCACCUACCAGUACAGGUUAACUGGAUAGGAUCACAGUAGGAUGCCAGGUGCCUUCCUUGGAUUUGGAAAGAAGAGCUAAAAGUAUCUACUAAACCUUAAUUAUCGCUCAAUUGUUUCCACACUCAUUAAAUCUGUAUCUUUCCAGUUUAGAGGAGGAUGUUGUGGGGGACCAUGUCAAGGCCUUACCCAGAAAUCAAGAUUUAGUAGGGAUUAGGGAUGCUGGUGGAUGAGAGGCUGGACAUGACCCAGCCAUGGGCACUCACAGCCCAGAGAGCCAAACGUGUCCUGGGCUGCACCCAGAGCCCCGUGGGCAGCAGGGGAGGGAGGGGAUUCUGUCCCUCUGCUCUGCUCUGCUGAGAGCCCACCUGCAGUGCUGCAGCCACCUCUGGGGUCCCAGCAUAAGAAGAAUGUGAACCUGUUGGAGUGAGUCCAGAGGAGGCCAAAAAGAUGAUCAUAAAGCUGGAGCACCUCCCCUAUUAGGACAGACUGAGAGAGCUGGGAUUAUUCAGCCAGGAGAAAAGAAUACUCUGUGGAGAUCUUGUUGAGGUUUUCAGUAGUUAAACAGGGCUUAUAAGAAAGAUGAGAACAGACUUUUAACAGGGCUUGUUGUGGUAAGAUAAGGGCCACUGGUUAUCAAUUAAAAGAGGGCUGAUUUAGGUUGGAUAUGAGCAAUAUUUUUUUUAUAAUGAGGGUGGUGAAACACUAGAAGAGAUGGCCCAAAGAAGUUGUGGAUGUCCCAUCUUUGGAAACAUUCAAGGUCAGGUUGGGAAGGACUCUGAGUGAUCUGAUUUAAUCUGAAGAUGUCCCUGCUCAUUGCAGGGAGUUGGACUAGAUGAGCUUUAGAAGUCCCUUCCCUCCCAAACCGUUUUAUGAUUUUAUGAUUUUACAAUUUUACCUCUCUAAGACUUCUUGAUACUUUGAAGUUGGGAAUGCUACCAAGAAAUCCUGUGCCUCUUCUUCCUGAAAGCCUUCUCCUCCCAGGCAUUACAGCCUAAUAUGAUUAGCAGUCACACUUAGUGCUAAUGGGCUAAAGGGUGUGUAGUCUAUCCUGUUUACUAGACAAGAAAAGAGGAAGUAAAAUUUCUUAAUUCAGCCUUUCCAAUCUCUGUAAAUUUAAUGCAUAAGCAAACUGGGGCUUAUGUCCUAAAUAAUGCACAGACCAGGCCGUGGAGGAGUCCCUCACCUUUAAGACUGUUCUGAAAUGUAAGUUUUAGGUGGGUGUGAAACAAAUAGUAUAUCAACUCUGCCAUGUAUAUUGUUUUGGAAUAUUAAUGCUGUAAGAGCCCUUUAUACUCUAUUCUUCCCACCUCACAGAUCUUUCAUGAAGAUGCCAAAUAUUUUGGUUAUGUAUGUACCAUAAACUACAGCUUCUUAAAACUUCUUCUUCUGAGUUCCUUUAAUAAAGCAGACUCAUUUUGUCA